GUCUCGGGAACCUGACUAUCGGGUACCAGGCUAGUAAGCCUGGUUGACAUCGGAAGGCCUCGGGAAUCAGGCUAUUAACCGGCACGUCCUGUUGGUUUGUGUUUCAGUCAUGUUAUUUUGACUCUAGACGAUUCAGCAGAGUAUAUCACCGUAUAAAUGUUUGUUUUAUAUCAUUAAUUAAUCUGUUUACUGUUAAUUCAUAUUGUCAAAUGACAAAUCGCCGUCUUAUUCAUUUAGACGCUUGCAUCAUGCUGACGUGUUGGUUGUCAGAACAUGAUGUAAUUUUUCAGAAUUUAUACUCGAACCACACUCUGUUUUCCACAGUUAUGAAUCUGAAAUUUCACUAAUCGCUGUAGAAAACUUGAGAACUAUCAGAUCGGAAUACUUUUUAGAUCAGACUUUAACAAGUGGACGAUUAACCUGCAGGAUUACGAGUGAGAUCUACAUAUAACUAGCUAGUUGAGCAGAACAAUGGAGGCAAUCAGCAUAAUUAUUUUCUUCAUCAUUUGCUUCCUUAUUUGGUAUUUUUGUGGAAGUUCAUCCCCAAGCUCCAAUUCCUCAGCCUCUUCAACCUCACCAGGAUCCUCAAACAACAAACUGUAUCCCGAUCUCAGUAAAAUGAAGUCCCAGAGUACAUGGAAUAGCAACAGUCUCUUCAGCCUGUUUGGAGGUAGCAGUUAUUCAAGUUUUGUCGACAGAUUUACCUCGCUGGAAGAUGUUACUAUGGCAAUCAGGAAAGGAGGACUGGAGAGCUGUGGUCUUAUAUUUGGUAUGGAUUUUACAUCAAGUAAUAUGUACCAGGGAAUAAAAACGUUUGGAGGGAAAAGUCUUCACAGUUUAGACCCCAAAGAACCAAAUCCUUAUCAAAGGGUGCUUUGUAUCCUUGGUGAGACACUGGAGUCCUUUGAUGAUGACGGCAAAAUUCCAGCAUUUGGAUUUGGUGAUGCCUCAACGAAGGACCGAGCUGUAUUCUCAUUCAGGGCAGAGGGUUAUUGCUAUGGUUUCCAUGAUGUCCUGGAGAUGUACAAUCAGAUCACACCAAACCUUCGCCUAAGUGGAGGGACAAACUUUGCUCCUCUCAUCAACAAAGCCAUAGAUAUAGUUAAACAUGAGCGGUCCUAUCACAUCCUUGUCAUUGUUGCUGAUGGACAAGUAACAAACGAGAGGGAAACGGUGAAUGCGAUAGUGGAGGCUUCCAAAUGGCCGUUGUCCAUAGUGAUGGUCGGUGUCGGUGAUGGACCAUGGGAUGUCAUGGAGGAUUUCGAUGACCGUUUACCCAACAGGAAAUUUGACAAUUUUCAGUUUAUUGAUUUUCACAAAAUAAUGACUACAUCCAGAAACCCACAAGCAGCAUUUGCACUUCAUGCAUUAAUGGAGAUCCCUGACCAGUACAAAACAAUCAAAGAUAAGGGCAUGCUGAACUUCUAAUGUUCUUGGUGGAGAGAGAGAGAGAGAGAGAGAGAGAGAGAGAGAGAGCAUUUGAAUGUUGCACUUCCUGCACUAAUGGAAAUACCCACCAGUAUAAAACAAUCAAAGAUGCUUAACAUCUCAUGCUUUUGAUGGUGGGUGCGAGAGAAUGGAGGAGGAGGAGGAGAGAGACGUUAUAUGGAACUUUAAAGACUGUAUGGACAAAAUGUGUCAGUGUGCUGUUAGUAGCUUUAGUUUUUAUUUAAUGACUGAACAUUAUAAUGAGAGUACCUGACAUGAAGCUGCAUUAUGAUAUGUAUAAUGUUUGUAUAUAGUACAUGCAUUUAUUUUUGUACUUUCAACUUUUGUCUCACACUCAUGAAAUUUAUUUCACAGAAUUCUAACAAGAAGUCUUUUUUACUGUCUUUUAUUCAUAAUUUGUACAUGAUGUUUCACAAAAGAAUUAUAUUUUGAUAAAACUGUUUUUUAUGCAUA